AUGAAAUUCCUCUCUCUUGCCGCCUUCUUCGCUGUCUUGCCCGCUUUGGCAGCGGCCGUCGCAAUUCCUGCAGAGCUUCAGGAGCGACAAUGUCAAGGCCGUGGCGGUCGCUGCGCCGGGCAAUACGAAUGCUGCGCCAAUACCUACUGUGUUGAAAUUAUUUGUAACUCGAGCAAAUUUUUUUGCGAGCCUCUUGGCGCCACUCGUUGUAUAAACCCCGGCAGCGGCGGCGGCCGCCAUUAG